CAUCAAAGGGCGCGAGGUCACUUUCCCUCACAUGUCUGUAGAGGUAGUUGCAGACAUCCUCCAGUGGCUCAGUACAACUUUACCAUUCGCAAAUGUGGCUAUUGCGGCAAACUCUGUGAGCGCCUGGAUAUCUUUGAAGACCACUACAUUGCUACUGGGCAUUGUUUCUGUUCGGAAUGCGACCUCCCCUUCGAAAGCCAGAGCGCUUGGAAAAAUCACUGCGAGGUAGAGCUCCAUGCUUCCGAGUAUCGUUGUUGCAACUGUGACAUCUCUUUCAAAGAUAUCCACGCCUUGAACGCGCACAUGGCGAGACUUCGAACCUUUCCGUCUCUUCAGUCUUUUCAACAACAUUGUGAGUCGAUCAAGCACAAGCCACUUAGUGCUCUAAGCUGUCCCAUAGGGAAAGGAUGCAAAAGAAAGUUCAGUGCACCGUCGGCUCUGCUGCACCAUCUGGAAAGUGGAAAGUGCUGUUCAGGCAUGGACCGUGAUGACAUCUACGACAUCAUUCAGCUAUACGACAAAGAUCACACGAUCCACACCCUCCCAAAACUCACGCCUUCGAGCUCCACUUACUUGUCGGCACAUGGUUUAUCUCCUGAUUCUGGAACGCCAACAGCGUCUCUCGAUAGUUCAGAUGGCUGGCUACUGGUCACUCCCACACACUCUCAGGGUAGUGUAGAGGGUAGUCUAGUAGAUUGGACACCGCUUGAGGAUAGUCGUCUCUCGCUUGGAAGUAGACACGUGAUUGACGGAAUUAAGCCUGAACUCCGUUGUCCACUUUGUCCAAGGAAGUCCAAAGCCUUUCGUACGAUACAGGCUCUUCAGCAGCACAUAGUAUCUCCAACACACUGUGAUAAGGCUGAAACAAAGCAAGGAAAAGCAAAGCAAUUUACAACUCUCAGUGGACUAGCUCAGCAUUUAGAGAGUGGGCCCUGCCAUGGUGGCAGGCAGACGUUCCUGCGUUGUAUUGAGUUGGGAUUUUCAUUACAGACUUAUAGCAACAGCGAGCAACUAGCGCUAAAUUACAUUAAUAUCUUGGACAUGUUCAUCAGCGUGUUCCUAUUGCAAUAACCUAUAGCUGCUGCUGUGCGCCCCUCUCGAGCAGUAGCUUCACGAUCGACUCAUGGCCUCCAUAUGAAGCUACCUGGAGUGCGUUACCAAACUGUCCACCCUGCGCGUUAACGUCUGCGUCUUUGUCUAGCAGUAGCUUCACAAUCUGCAAGUUGCCUUUAUAUGAAGCCGCCUGGAGUGC